AUGAACAAAUUACCAGUUGAGCUACAGAUACACAUUUGCGAGCACCUCCUCGUCGAUGUCAUAUCAACAGUAGAGAAGCUAAGCGAAGUAAGCAACACUGGACCGUUCAGAAACUCAAGAAACCGGCUAGGCAGGAGCCUCGAUGCUCUAUUCAACAUGGCCCUAGUGAGCCACCAAUGGUGCAGUCUCGCUCGACCUAUUCUAGCACGUACACUACCGUACAUUCUAGGUCUUGUCAAGCCAUCUCCAUGGUCAUAUAGGGAAGCGGCAAAUUCGGGACCCGCGGCCAUGAAUGCCCUCAAAGAAGAUCUCCUAGAUCACGCCACACGUGAUAACUCAAAUAGAUACAGCAAACUGUUCACCGAAACCCACGUUAGGGUACUUAAUGCUAGUAUUUUGAACGGACAAUCUCCCCGUACGGAAUCCAUGGACCAUUUACUGUUCCCGUACGUGGAGUCGAUCUGUAGGCUGCCGAAGGGGCUGCGUUCAUGGGCGGGGAGAUGGUCUGAGAUCCAACCCUACCAUUACGAGUUGGAGGGUCGUGAUAAGAUGCGCAAUUCCUUUGACCCUGCCGACCUAGCCAUACUUCGAAGCGGACAUUACAGGGGUUUGGUUGGUCUACUGAAGUCCAUGAAUUCGGAUAGAGUGGUUGUUCAGUGGUUAAUUCCAGAUGGAGGAUUCCAAUUCCAGUAUGAGAUAUCUCAAGCAUCGCCGGAAAAGGUGCAGCUGAACAAGACGAUAGAGGCGACAUUGGCGGCGAAGAAGUCCGAGGAAAAACUGGCCGCAAAAGAAGAAGCAGCCUUGAAGAAAGCAGCAAAGAAAGAGGCAGCAAAGAAAAUUGCAGCUGUAAAGGCGGCAAAGAAAGGGCCAAUUACCGAUGGACAUAGGGUGGAAAAGCGUAGACGUAAGAAGAGGUCUAUAUACGAGAAGUAUCGGUACUAA